AGCAAACUUGAUGAUUACCAGGAACGAAUGAACAAGGGAGAACGUCUGAAUCAAGAUCAACUGGAUGCAGUGUCAAAAUACCAGGAAGUGACAAAUAAUCUGGAAUUUGCUAAAGAGCUGCAAAGGAGUUUUAUGGCUCUGAGCCAAGAUAUCCAGAAAACAAUAAAAAAGACAGCUCGCAGGGAGCAACUGAUGCGAGAAGAAGCUGAGCAGAAGCGUUUAAAGACUGUACUAGAGCUCCAGUUUAUUUUGGACAAGUUGGGUGAUGAUGAAGUACGCAAUGACUUGAAACAAGGAUCAAAUGGAGUACCAGUACUGACAGAGGAGGAGCUGACAAUGCUGGACGAGUUUUACAAGCUAGUGUACCCUGAACGAGAUAUGAACAUGAGAUUGAAUGAGCAGUACGAGCAAGCAUCUGUUCACCUGUGGGACUUACUGGAAGGGAAGGAAAAACCAGUUUGUGGAACAACCUAUAAAAUGCUAAAGGAGAUUGUUGAACGUAUUCUUCAAACUAGUUACUUUGAUAGCACCCAUAACCAUCAGAAUGGAUUAUGUGAGGAAGAAGAGGCAGCACCCGCACCUGCAGUAGAAGACACUGUAGCAGAAGCUGAACCUGAUCCGGCAGAAGAAUUUACUGAACCAACUGAAGUUGAAUCAACUGAGUAUGUAAACAGACAAUUCAUGGCAGAGACUCAGUUCAGCAGUAGUGAGAAGGAACAGGUAGAUGAGUGGACAGUUGAAACGGUUGAGGUUGUAAAUUCACUGCAGCAACAGACACAAGCUACAUCUCCUCCAGUUCCUGAACCUCACACGCUCACUACUGUGGCUCAAGCAGAUCCUCUUGUUAGAAGGCAGCGAGUACAGGACCUUAUGGCGCAGAUGCAGGGCCCAUAUAACUUUAUGCAGGACUCUAUGCUGGAGUUUGAGAACCAAACACUUGAUCCUGCCAUUGUAUCUGCACAGCCCAUGAAUCCAGCACAGAAUUUGGACAUGCCACAAAUGGUUUGCCCUCCAGUUCAUGCUGAGUCAAGACUCGCCCAGCCUAGUCAAGUUCCUGUGCAACCAGAAGCUACACAGGUUCCCUUGGUUUCUUCUACAAGUGAGGGAUAUACAGCCUCCCAACCCAUGUAUCAGCCUUCUCACACAACAGAGCAACGGCCACAGAAAGAAUCAAUUGACCAGAUUCAGGCUUCAAUGUCACUGAAUGCAGACCAGACCCCAUCGUCGUCAUCGCUUCCCACUGCAUCUCAGCCACAGGUCUUCCAGGCUGGAUCUAGCAAGCCUUUGCAUAGCAGCGGAAUCAACGUCAAUGCAGCUCCAUUCCAAUCCAUGCAAACAGUAUUCAACAUGAAUGCACCUGUUCCUCCUGUUAAUGAGCCAGAAACCCUUAAGCAGCAAAAUCAGUACCAGGCCAGUUAUAACCAGAGUUUCUCCAAUCAGCCUCACCAAGUAGAACAAUCAGAUCUUCAGCAAGAACAACUCCAGACAGUGGUUGGUACUUACCAUGGUUCCCCGGACCAGACCCAUCAAGUGGCAGGCAACCACCAGCAAGCUCCCCAGCAGAAUACUGGGUUUCCCCGUAACAGUCAGCCUUAUUACAACAGUCGAGGAGUGUCUCGUGGUGGAUCACGUGGGGCUCGUGGCUUAAUGAACGGCUACAGGGGACCGGCAAAUGGAUUUAGAGGAGGAUAUGAUGGCUACCGUCCUUCAUUUUCCAACACUCCAAACAGUGGUUACACGCAGCCCCAAUUUAAUGCUCCUCGGGAUUAUUCAAACUACCAGCGGGAUGGAUAUCAACAGAAUUUCAAACGUGGCUCUGGACAAAGUGGACCUCGGGGAGCUCCUAGAGGUCGUGGAGGGCCCCCAAGACCAAACAGAGGGAUGCCUCAGAUGAAUGCUCAACAAGUGAAUUAAACAAAUUCACAGGAUUACGUUAAACGCCAAAAACCACACUGGCCAGUGUACUAUACAUGUUACCAGAAGAGUUAUUAUCUAUUUGUUCUCCCUUACAGGAAGUUUGUUGUAAAGGGACUAUUUUCAUUACCCAUAAUGACAGGACUACAGUUGCCAGCUUUAUAUUACCUGGAUAUAUGGAAAGGAACAAAACAACGUUUACUCUGCAUGUUCUGUCCUAAGCAUCAUCUUGAGCCUUGCACAUGAGAUUCAGAUUCCUCACCCUUGCUAAGAGUAAAGCAAAAAAGUCAACUUUCAGGGUGAUCCAAUCUCCAUGGUUAACUGAAGUGGCAGGAAAAAGCAAAGACUCAUUUCUGACAUUUGAAAGUGAUGUAACAAAUUUGGAUAAAAUCUGCAAAUUCGUAAAGAUUUACUGUGGUGGCAGUUGACAAAACUUAAUGUUCCCAUGAAAGGAUGGAAAAGAUGAAGUGUGGCUUGGUAGAGCAACUGCAUUUCAGCUUUUUCUUAUUAAAUUGAAGCACUGAACAGUUAAAGAUGCGUAGUGAUGCAUAUUUUCCCUAGACAAAUAGGCUUAUAGCCAGUUUUUGACAAAGAAGCAGCACCCUUAGCUACAGCACUCCUCGUCACCAGGUCCCUGUUUACUGUGGCUAAGGAUUCAAGAACGCUUGCAUAACUGCUAAUGUAACUCUGUAAUUUUUUAAUUUUAUUUUUUUUAAAAAAGAGCUUUGAUUUGGCACUUCAAAAAAAUUUUGCAACAAAUGUGAGAUAUAAUCUGGAUGGCCACUGUAUAUUUUAUGUGAAGUAUUUAGAUAUCUCUUGAAACGCUUAAGUUUCUUUUGAUAGCAAUGACUUUUGUAAGGAUUGGUAUUCUCUAUCAUUCCUUAUGACUUGCACAUUGUCUGUCACUAAUACUUGACCUUGCUGUACUAUCACCUAAAUAACUGAUGCCGGUACUGAUGGAAAUCUCUAAUGGAUAAUUAUAACACUUUUGGUCACAUGUCCUUUUGUCUUUCCUGCAGCCUUGAAGGUUUUAAGAAAUCUCAAAUGCCCGCUGCUGCUGCCCUUUUAAUUGCUAUCUUUUGAAAAGCACCAGUAUGUGUUUGAAUUGAUUUCCCCUUUUAAGGGAAAUGACAGCCAGCAGUUACAGUUCUAAUGGUAUAAGCAAGACAAAUAAAACAUGUUUA